AUGGUGGUAGACAACCUCCUCCAGCUCAACGUCGUCCUCGGCGACGGCAGAGCCAUCCCGCACCUCCUCUGGGGCAUGAAAGGCGCCGGCCACAACUUUGGCAUCGUCACCUCCUUCGAACUCAACAUCUUUCCCCGCGGUCCCGACACCUGGCACUACCACAACUACAUCUGGACCGGCGCCCAGCUCGAAAGAGUCUUCACCUCCCUCAACCGCCUCCACAACAACGGCUCAACACCGGUAAACAUGGCCCUCAAUUUCGGCUUCUUCUUCAUGAACACCACCGUCUCCACCACCGACCCGAUCCUCUCCUGGACAUUCGCCUACCGCGGCCCGCCCAACGAAGCAGAGGCCCUCCUGGCCGAAUUCAACGCCAUCGCGUCAGUCUACAACGAGCAAGGCGACGUGCCCUACAGCGGCGUCUCCAAAGUCCAAGGCAACGCCGAGAACGACUUCAUCUGCCAAAAAGGCAACAAGCGCAUCACCACCACCGCCGGCUUCCAAGUCUACAACCUCACCGCCGAGCGGCUCAUCUACAACGGCUUCCGCGCCCGCGCCAUUUCCCAUCCUACCCUAGCCGCCGGCGCGGGCAUCCUUCACGAGGGGUACUCUACCGCCGGUGUUGGCGCCAGGAACCCGGCUGAUACCGCGUACCCCUUCCAGUCUGACCACCAUCUGAUGCUCUUCAACGGUGUCGUCCCGCCAAACGAUCCUGUUCUCGAGGAACUGGCGUGGGAGUGGGCGAAUGAAGUGAAGGAUAUGUGGAAUGCGGGGCAGCCGACGCGGACGGAAAACAACUAUGUCAACUAUGCCAAUGGGUACGAGGACUUGGAGACGGUGUACGGGCGAGAGCCGUGGAGAUUGGCGAGGUUGAGGGCACUGAAGCAGAAGUAUGAUCCGCAGAACAAGUUUAGGUUUUACAACCCUAUUGUCGAGCCGAGAGAGGGCAAGGGCAAGGGUAAAGGGAAAGGAAAGGGAAAGGGGAAGAGGAGGUCGUUUCAGGGGUAA